UUUGUUUCCUCCAGCAUCAGUUCUUUCUUUUAUCAGACCAAUUUCAAAUUUGGGUUGUAGAAAUCUCAGUCAUUCCUUAUUUCUGUAUCUCCAUUGAAGUUAAAGAUUUAGAUUGAUGCUUUUCUCUUAGGUGGCGUGUUGGGAAAAUCCAGGAUGCUAAGUCAGAUCCAUUGGUGUGGGUUGAUCUGUUGGAGACCUCUUUUAGAAGAUUUUUUAGCAGUUGAUGCACUGUUCUUUCUGAUGUUCCCCGUGAUCAAAAUGAAUGCACUCAAGUGUCCAGAGGUUGAUCCUUUUCCAGUUCCACAUGAAUGGUACCAACCUGGUGAUGUCCUCAUUGGAGGGAUGUCUUCACAUAUCAUCUAUGCCUUCAGAGAGCAUUUAUUUUAUGAACAUCCUUCUCGGGAGCUCUAUGGACUUUCAGAUCUGAUUACAAAAUUCUACCAACAUCUCCUUUCCUUGGCCUUUGCUGUCAAGGAAAUCAAUGAGAAUCAAGAAAUCUUGCCCAAUAUUACCCUUGGGUUCCGUAUUCAUGACAGUUACUAUGAUGCAAGGAUGACUUUUCGGACUACCCUGGACCUGCUCUUCAAAUCAAAUAGAUUUAUGCCCAACUACAAAUGUGGACUUCAGACAGAUCUCGUGGCCAUUAUUGGAGGACUUGGAUCAGAAACUUCAUCCCAUAUGGCAGAUAUUGUAGAGUUCUACAAAAUACCACAGGUGGGUCCAGGGAUGAGGAAAUUUCUCUAGUUCUUAAUUAGUUAAGAGCCUUCUUAAGAAUUUAUUCUUGUGUCUUUGUCUCCACAAAAACAUGAUUGUAAGGAAAUCUCAUUCCAUACUAAGCAAGACAUUGAAAAUUGAAGUUAACUUGUACUGGUAAAGACAGAUUUCAACUUGCUGGUAUUUGAUCAUCUUCCAAUUAGAAAAAUAAUAACAGAAAUUAAUUUACUGCAUUUUCAACCCUGUGGUACUGGAAACUAAUUCAUGAAGAUGAACAGUUGGAAGAAAAUCUAAAUCACCUGUUGAAUUUUUUUUGGGGGGGGGUUUUGUUUUAGCUCCCAUAUGGAUCCUUCCCCCCAAAAGAAUUUCAUAUCAGUAAGUUUUCUUCUUUUUAUUUUAUGGCACCAAAUGAACGUCUUGUAUACAUUGGGUUUAUCCAAUUGCUUCAACAUUUCGGAUGGAAAUGGGUUGGACUCUUUGCUGUCAAAAAUGAAAGUGGAGAACACUUUUUGAAGAAGCUACAGGAGAUGCUUUCUCGGCAUGGAAUCUGUCCAGCCUUCAUACAAAGAAUCCCUCCGCAGCUUUCAUUGGAUGAAGUCCAUACAUCCAAUGAUGUAAUUCAAAGUUUUUAUAUACAUUUCACAGACAUGAAAGCAAACGUAUUUAUUCUCUAUGGAGAGUCUUAUACACUUCUCUGGAUCAUUCCUCCCAUAUUUUUAAGUGAUCCUGAAGAUAAAUUAAACAUAUCCCUUAGAAAGGUAUGGAUCACAACAAGUCAAGUGGACUUCAUACUAACAGCAAAUCUAAAGACUUGGAAUCUCCAAUUGUUUGAUGGGGCCAUUUCUUUUCAGAUACAUUCAGGUGAAGUUCUAGCCUUCAAAGAAUUUCUGAAGUCUAUAAAACCCUUUUGGAGACAAAGAGAUGGAUUUCUAAAAGGGUUUUGGGAGCAAGCAUUUGACUGUUCCUUGUCUAAUUCAGAAAAACCAACAAUGGACAUGGAAAAAUGUACUGGGGAGGAGAAUCUGGACAGUCUUCCUGGUACUCUCUUUGAAAUGCAAAUGACAGGUCAUAGUUAUAGCAUCUAUAACGGUAUCUAUGCUGUGGCUCAUUCUUUGCAGGCUUUACUAUCAAAAAAAUCCAGUCAGAAUAAAAUAUGGGUGAAUAAAAUCCCAGAAGCUCAAGAUCUACCACCUUUUAAGGUAAAGUUGUCCAAGAAAUGUGAAACAUUUACUAGAAAGUGACUUGGAUCACAAAAUGAGCUGAAGCAUGUUUUCAGACACAAUAUAUCAUUCAAAUAGCUAUGAUUAAAUCAAUCAAUCAAUGAUAAAUACGUAAGGAAAGUACUAUUCUUCUGCAUUCAUUAAAUCCUACCACUGGGUUCCAUUCCACUUUCUAACCAAGAGGACGAUGUGAAAUACUAUUG